UCGCGGUGUUUGCGUUUGAACGUCUUGGCGGGCGCCGGCCAUGGCGGCUUCGCUCCCCGGUACUGGGAACCGGCUUUUCCGCACUUAUGGGGCUGCGGGCGGCAGGAGACAGCGGCGGCGGGGCCGGGCAGCCACGCAGUGGUUCCCGCCGCAGGAGCGGAGGCGUUUCUUCGACAGCAGCGGCAGCAACGACGCCAGCUUCGGCUGCCCCUCGCAGUCCGACGAUCCCGACGACCCCGACUUCCUGGGCAGCCCGGUGGCGCGGCGGCGGAGGCGUCCCGGCGGCCGAGUCCCCAAGGACCCGCCCAGCCUGGCCGUGACCCCAAAGCGCCGGAAGCUGCGAGCUCGGCCGAGCCUAACCGUGACCCCGAGACUCCUGGGGCUGCGAGCUCGGCCCCCGCAGAAGUGCAGCACCCCCUGCGGCCCGCUCCGGCUUCCGCCCUUCCCCAGCCGCCUCCCCGGCCGCCUCAGCCCGGACCUCAGCGUGUGCGAACAGCCCAGGGACGGCGACGAGCUGGGCACCAGCGCCUCCCUGUUCAGCUCUCUCGCUUCGCCCCGCCCCGGGUCCCCAACGCCAAGGGACAGUGUCAUCUCCAUCGGCACCUCCACCUCUCUGGUUGCAGCGUCUGCUGUCCCGAGCGGCCUCCACCUCCCGGAAGUCUCCCUGGACCGAGCAUCUCUCCCCUGCUCCCAGGAGGAAGCGACAGGAGGAGCCAGGAUUGUCCGCCAAACCCGUGCCAGCCUCAGGUCAGCUCUCUUUGGCCUUAUGAACUCAGGAACCCCUGAGGAUUCUGAGUUUGGGGCAGAUGGGAAGAAUAUGAGGGGGUCCUGCUGUAAAAGGAAACCGUUGGGAAAUAGACCAGAGGGUUCCGGUGUGCCAAGCACAGGCAGGAGGAGGGCCACAGGCCAGGAUUCUUGUCCAGAGAGAGGGCUUCAGGAGGCCGUGCGGAUAGAACAUCAAGAGGCCAGGGUUUGCAACGGCUGCAUUGUGCCCGGAGGACCCAACAGGCCUGACAAAACUCUACCAAGGCGGAAGAGCAAACGUCAGAAGGCAGUGGAAACCUCUCUGCUCCAUUCCCACCAUUUAAAAAAGGGCCAAAAGAUGAGAAAUGAUUCGUUCCCUACCCAGGACCUGACUGAUUUACAGAAUGCCUGCUCUUGGACCAAAACCAGGGCCUCCUUCAGUUUCCACAAGAAGAAAAUUGUGACUGAUGUGUCGGAGGUCCGCAGCAGCUACACCACUACCACUCCUGUCUCUGGAUCCCUCCUAUCCGAAUAUUCACACCGUCCUGCCACCAGCAGAACCAGGAGUGCUCUGUCCUCCUGGCGCUCCUCUUCUAUGUAUUUGCUAAGCCCCUUAAACACUCCUUCAAACAAAAAGGCAUCUGAUGCUGAGAAGGUUUAUGGGGAAUGCAGUCAGAAGGGUCCCAUCCCCUUUAGCCAUUGCCUUCCCACAGAAAAACUGGAACACUGUGAGAAGAUUGGGGAAGGGGUGUUUGGCGAAGUGUUUCAGACAACUGCCGAUCACACGCCUGUCGCCGUAAAAAUCAUUGCUAUUGAAGGACCAGAUUUAGUCAAUGGAUCCCAGCAGAAAACCUUUGAGGAAAUCCUGCCAGAGAUCAUCAUCUCCAAAGAGUUGAGCCUUUUGUCUGGUGACGCGUGCAACCGCACGGAAGGCUUUAUUGGGCUGAACUCAGUGCACUGUGUGCAGGGAUCUUACCCUCCUUUGCUCCUCAAAGCCUGGGAUGACUAUCAUUCAACCAAAGGGUCUGCAAAUGACCGGCCUGAUUUUUUUAAAGAAGACCAGCUCUUCAUUGUGCUGGAAUUUGAGUUUGGAGGGAUUGACUUAGAGCAAAUGAGAAGGAAGUUGUCAUCCUUGGCUACUGCGAAGAGCAUCCUACACCAGCUCACAGCCUCCCUCGCGGUGGCAGAGGCAUCACUGCACUUUGAGCAUCGAGACUUACAUUGGGGGAAUGUGCUUUUGAAGAAAACCAGCCUCAAAGAACUCUCGUACACCCUCAAUGGCAAGACAAGCACCAUCCCCACCCGCGGGCUGCAAGUCAGCAUCAUCGACUACACCCUGUCGCGCUUGGAACGGGAUGGGAUUGUGGUUUUCUGUGACGUUUCCAUGGAUGAGGACCUGUUUACAGGUGAAGGUGACUACCAGUUUGAGAUCUACAGGCUCAUGAAGAAGGACAACAACAACUGCUGGGGUGAAUAUCACCCUUACAGUAAUGUGCUCUGGCUGCAUUACCUUACAGACAAGCUUCUGAAACAAACGACCUUCAAGAGUAAACCUAACACUCCUGCCAUGAAGGAAGUCAAGAAAAAGAUCCAGGAUUUCCAUAGCACAAUGCUGAACUUCCGCUCUGCCACUGACUUGCUCUGCCAGCACAGUUUAUUUCAGUAAACUCAGUGUGUCUUACUGCCCCCCAGUGGGAGGAGGCUGGUCUUGAAGCCUCUGGUGCUGUUUCAGCCUGCAUCCCCAGAGCAGGGUGGAAUCCCAUUCUCGCAAGAUUCCAGUCACCUUUUCAAACAAGAAUUUUGUUUCCAAAUAGAAACUGACCUAUUUGUAGAAUUGUUUAAAUUUGCUGAUGACACAUGGCCUUGAAAAAGUAAACUAGCUAGGUGCAGUGGCAUGUGCCUGUAGUCCCAGCUACUUGGGAGGCUGAAGCAGGAGGAUCACUUGAGCCCAGGAGUUCAAAUCUAGCCUGGUCAACAGAGCGAGACCCCUGUCUCUGUUUUAAAAAAUAAAUAAAAUACAUAUGAAAACAAA